AGGAUUUAGGAAUCAGAAGGAGCCUCCAGGCAGUGAGUGAUGGUCUGAGCAGAGAAGGGCCUGUCUGAGGGAGCGGGGCAGUAUCAUCACAGAAACGGAGCCCACCUUAUCCCAGCACACGGGCCCAAGCGCCGGCCUCACCGCAACCCUCAGACUCCAAGCGGGGCCAGAGCACAGCCAGGAGAAUCUGGUUAGCUCCUCGGGGAAACUGAGGCUCACAGAAGGGUGGGAACACCCGGCCACGACGGUCACCACCACAAUCCAGGGUCCGGCCGAGGUCUCCCACUCCCCGUGGCUGGGCCCGGAGGACAGGCCACCAUCACCAUGUGCCCAGCCACGACAAGCCACAGGAGCUGAGGCCUGAGCCGAAAACCCUUCCCAUCUGACUGGGGACAAGGACAAGUACAAAGAAGGUCCCUCACCAGUGCCCUCUGAGCCGGCUAGGAUGUUCGGGCUGUUCAGCGUCUGGAGAACCGUGGAGCUGAUUGUGGCUCUCGAGGGGGUGGUCGGUAAUGGGCUGGUGCUCUGGAACCUUGGCCUCCACAUCAAGAAGGGGCCCUUCUCUGUCUACCUGCUGCACCUGGCCGCCUCGGAUUUCCUGUUCCUCUCCUGCCAUGUGGGCUUCUCCGUGGCCCAGGCUGCCCUGGGCAUCCAGGACACGCUCUACUUCGUGCUCACCUUCCUGUGGUUCGUGGUGGGGCUCUGGUUGCUGGCGGCCUUCAGCGUGGAGCGCUGCCUCUCUGACCUCUUCCCUGCCUGCUACCAGGGCUGCCGGCCCAGACAUGCCUCAGCUGUCCUCUGUGCCCUGGCGUGGGCCCUAAGCCUGCCAGCCGUGCUGCUGCCUGCCAACACCUGUGGCCUGCUACGCACCAGUGUGCGCCCCCUGGUCUGCCUGUGCUACCACGUGGCCAGCGUGGCCUGGCUCCUGCUGCUGGCUUUCGUGGCCUGUGUGGCCGGCGUGGUCCUCUUUGUCUGGGUGGCCUGCUGCUCCACGUGCCCUCGGCCCAGGUUCUACGGCAUCGUCCUGGGCAUGCUGCUCCUGCUCUUCUUCUGUGGACUGCCCUUGGUCCUCUACUGGAGCCUGCGGCCCCUGCUGAACUUCCUGCUGCCCAUCUUCUCCCCGCUGGCCAUGCUGCUGGCCUGUGUCAACAGCAGCUCCAAGCCCCUCAUCUACUUGACAUCAGGCCGGAAGCCCGGGAAGCGGGACCCGCUGCGGGUGGUGUUGCGGAGGGCCCUGGAGGAGGGCACUGGGCAGGGCACUGGGAUAGUACUGCCUAUGGGCCGCUUAUAGGUGGGCUUGCCCUGCCCACAAGGCCUGCCAGGAGACGCCCACCCUUGCCCAGACGCUUCCAGGGCCGGGAGGAGCCCCGCCCACCACCUAGCUCUUACCCUGAGCACUUAAGGGCUGGACACAGCUGGGGAGACUUGGUCCUGACCACCCCCCAGCCAGGCGUGCUGAGGGUAAGGGACGCCGGGAACCGGAGCUGGAGGGAGGUUGGGCCAGGUGGGAGAAAGGAGAAGCCUCCUGAACAGGGGUGAGGACAGGCACCACGCCCCCCAGGCCCCGCCCAGGCCCCCUCACCCAGCCCCUCCCACCCUGCUGCACCUGAGUCACACAAGAGAAAACUGAAGUAAAGCAGAGCCAGCCCCCAGCCCAUGAUGGGGGGCUACUGGAUGGGAACCCAGGCCUCCAGGCUCCUGCCGCCCUCCACGCCGCCUGCUGGCUGAGGCUCUGAUUCUCCCACUGCACAGUGUGUGGGGGGGAGCUGCUCCUUGCUCCCCACCCCCCUCAGCCAUCAUUGUCCUGCCCACCCCACGUGGGCUACACCCAAGGCUCUGUCUCCCUCUCCGAGGCCCAGGACUUGCAGGUGCCCGACGUCACCAGCAGAGGCCGCCAGGUGGUGCUGCUUCUGCGCAGAACAGACCCAGCCCCGUGGGCCGGCGGGCAGGUGCCUCCAUCGUCCCCUCCCGUCCC